AGUCCCCGCUCUCGUUCCCCCGCGUUUCGGUUACAAUUUAUUACGCUCUUUGUAUACUGAAACUGAUUUCAGCACUUCAUUUUUAUGUAUUUUUCUUUUUCUCCUGUGGCCCCUCACGAAGACGACUUACGAUGGGUAUUAGUUUGUGGGCGCUGCUUGGCCUUGGCCUGCGAUUGCCCAAGCAAGGAGGAAGAGCAGUAUUGAAUCACAUUCACAGGGUGUUGCAAUAAAGAUCGGAUCGAUAGAGAACUCCUCUGACCGAAAAAUAACUUUACUUUUCCAUUCCAGACGGCAAUUAUGAGUCAAUUUUGUCGUGUCCUCAGCUUCUCCAUUUCCAGGUCCAUGUGUCGAGAAUGAUGGCGUGAAGAGUGAGAUCCGACACACUGCCGUCGCUGUGUCCGCAAGAGAGCCUUCGCGACAAUUGCGAGAAAAAAAUGUGGCCGACCAUACGUCAAGGACAUCGCGAGGACUGCGUGGGAAUGCGGAGUGUGAUGCUGCAGUUGUGUAACGUAAUUUUUCUCUUCGUGGCGAUUACAGCCGGUGCGACAGGUGGUCCAGAAAACGAUAAGGAAAUUGCGGGCGUGCCACGGGCCACGUUGCUAAUUUCCACGUCCGAGCCGAAGAUUCCGGUGCCGUACUAUGCGGUAUCCGAAGAGCAGAUCACAGGGGACCAGCAGUUUUCUGCUUUUUUUGCGAUCGCUUACGAUGACCGUUCAGUGCAACAAUUUAUGCAAGGCGAGACUGCGAUCAAUCGAGAGCUAUUUGGGAACUGGCUGGAUUCACACGGUUUCAACUACACGGACAUUCUAUUGGUGACGGCCAUCAACGUGUCAGAGACGAUCGGCACCGCUUUUGUUUUUGGCGCGAAGCCUUGGAGCAGCAGAUUUGAUCGACAAACAAUGAUUGCUUCUGAGGAAGGCUUCCGUGAUUUCUGUGGGAGUACCACAUCGAACGGGACGGGGACGGAACUUUUCGUUUCGACGAUCAGGAACCAAGCUGGAUUAAAGGUAUGGGCUCACCCUGUUAUUGUUAUAGAUGACUGUAAUUAUAUUGAAUAAGCUAGCACGUAGUUGACGUUGGUGUUUUAUCUUUUUUAAAUCAGUAUUUGUAUUUUACAAAUUGAGUGCAUGAUGCAUUUCCGCUCGACUCUUCCCAGAAGCAUAUGCGUUAGAGCAGACUCUUCCUCUGUCAUGCUCAUUUCGUAUCGAAGUCAUGAAUUAUCUAUACUAAGAUCAUAUUGUUUUGCGUACAGACCACUACUCAGUCGGGUACAUGCAACAAGACAGUGUGUGACAGCGUCAUGCGCCGCCACUUUUACUUCGUUGUACUUCUCUGCAUAUUCGCUGCUUCUACUUCUCUUUAUACAGAUCGACAUCCGGUGCUCCACGUGGACUGACAGCUCUGCUCUAGGUGCGGCCUCGGAAAAUUUAGGCUCGGAAUCGGCAAUAGUGCAGACCACGAUCACACCAUUGGCCACGACAACAAGCUUCGCGGCUGCGAGGACAACCAUGGUGUCGACGCCAGCGAAUGCCACCACGGCUAAGGACAGUGUAAAUCAGCGCAAGGACGAAGCAGGAGCAGCCAUACUAGCGGAGGAAGUAGGCCUUUCUGGUCGCAUUGUUUCACCGCGCGUCGAUGCCCGGCAUCAUCUCGAGAGUACUAGUU